AUGUCAAGACCUUGCAGCUCAAAAGAUCAACAAGAACACGAUAUUACAACCUGUCGGUCUAAUCUUUUCUGCAACGCACAAUAUUGGGAAAAUCUUAAUAACUGGAUACACUGCAUGUGUAUCGUUACUUUUGAUCUUGAGUUAGGGCAAGUGAUCGAGGCUAUUUAUCCAAAUGAUGUUAAACUUUUGGAGCAGGAAAGAUCUAAUAUUUGUUAUUUAGCCUUUCCUGAUUCUAACUCGGGAUGCAUGGGAGAUACACAGUAUCAUGUUAGAAUUAGAAAAGGUUCUAAUAAUAAUGAACUUCAAGAGACUCGAGCAUUGAGAGAUUAUGAUAGAAAGUCACCAAUGUUUUUACAAACUGAUAAAGAUUAUUAUUGGGGCUCUGUGUAUUUUCGUCAGGUGAAGGAUAAGAAUCUCCCAAGGGGUUACUUUCAAAAGAGUAUUGUAUUAGUUACAAGGCUACCUUUUGUCAAUUUAUUUACUGAAAUAUGUGCUCUUAUUGCUCCAGAAUUUUUUGACAGUGGUAAGAUUUGUAUGGAAACAGUAAUUAAAGAAAUAAACAAAUGGCCACCCCCUGUACCUGGUCAAGUCUUACACCUGCCAUUAUUAGGAGUACUUUUUCAGACUUACAUUCCUAAUCAUGUCUUCAAAACAACCGUACCAAACAUUGCAGCCAUUGAUUGUGCCCCCGCUAAAGCUGCAGCUGCUAGAAGUUUAAUUUUGACAUCUGCCUUUGAGGGUGAUUUAUUUAAAAGUCUUUCUAGCAUUAUGGCUCAUAUGCAUUUAUUGUGGGAACUUGUUUUAUUAAGCGAGCCAAUCGUCGUUAUGGCUAGUUCACCUACAAUAUGUUCUGAAAUUGUUCAUACAUUAACUGCAAUGAUUGCUCCACUUAAAUACUGCGCUGAUCAUCGACCUUAUUUCACUAUUCAUGAUUCGGAAUUCAAGGAAUAUACAAUGGAUGGUCAAAGUCCUCCAGCCGUUAUUCUUGGUGUUACAAAUCCAUUUUUUGCAAAAACUUUGCGACAUUGGCCACACAUAAUACGCGUUGCUGAUGACGGGGGGCCUGUUGGAGACAGUCCGAAGUACAAAUCAAAAAAAUCCGAAGGUCUAAAAAUUCUAGAUUCAAAACCCGGACUGUAUACGCAAUACAAGCCGUUUCUGCACAAGGACAAGGUUAUUUUGAAAAAACUUCUCAGAGGAGUGCAAACGAAACGACCAGGAGAAGUGCAAACCGCUUUAAUAAAACGACAUCUCGCAGAGCUCACUGAGAGCUUUAUGAUCCCACUGGAGAGAUAUAUAGCCAGUCUCAUGCCUCUUCAGAAAACCAUAUCGCCAUUUAAGGCAACUCCAAUACCACAACUUUUUAACCCUGAUGACUUUUUAGCAACGUUAAAUAGUGCUGGUCCACAGUUAACGACAGGAAUAAAAGGCGAUUGGGUUGGUCUUUAUCGUAGAUUCUUUAGAUCACCUAAUUUUUCAGGAUGGUUCCGGGCAAGGUAUCUGGAACUUACUAAUAAGUUGCAAUCCAUUCAGCUCCAAGCUUUAUCUCAAGCGGAUUUGACUGCCUGGGUAAGAGAUAAGCAAGAAGUCGAAGUGGUUGACAUGAUUCUGAGAAUUCGUCAAAAGUUGGAGAAAAGUAAUCUUGAUGAUGUACCUCUGGAAUAUUCGGUUCAAGAAAUGCUGCACGAACGCAUUAAUGAAAUUACACAAACAUUACCAGAUGAUUUACGAAAAAUUCUUAAUAAGCAAUCUUGACAAUAUUGUCAUGGUGUUAUUCUGUUGAAGCAACACCAGCAGCCAAUUUAUUAUGCCAUGAAAAUACAGAGGGCGUUUUAAGGAUAUUUGAACGAUCCUUGUCAAAUAUCAUUCGUCUUCGGUACUCUUCCUAACUUGUGAUCAAUUUAUAUUAUAUUUUAAGAUUUUUUAUCUUUUUAUUCUAUGUAUCGUUGACGUUACUCAAACAUUGCCUUAGGGAGAAUAGCUUUAAAAAAAUGCUAUAAUUUAUAUAUCAACAACAUAUUAUCGUGGAUUUUUCUUUUCUUAUUUUCUUUUACUUUAGAACACAAUUAUGCUGUUUUCAGUAAAAUUAAUGUAUAUAAGUAAAGAA